AGCUACAGUAUUCUGUGCAGCAGAAGCUAGGAGGUACGCGUAAAAGAUAGAUCCAUAGAGAAAUACACGGUCAACAAAUGGUUACCCCAGUACUGAGCGGUCGAUCAGUUCCAGCAAGUUUCCCCGCUAAGUGAUUUAAUGAAAAGUCUAUAAUUAUAGGUCCGGACUUUUUAAAGGUGAAAGCAGCAGAUAAAAGCCACAGAGCUCUAGCUGACAGACAGUGAACACAGCAGGGGACGCUGGGGACCAAAUUCAACAAUGAAAAUAUUACUGUGUGUAUUUCUUGCAAUUGCAAAUAUGGUUGCAACUGCCCCCAUAAGAGCCGGAAGAGAAAAUGUGUUAAGCUUCCUUGAAGCUACACUCACCACAACCACUGAGCAGACCAUACAUACAACUUCAACAGUCGUAAAAAACCCUCCAAGUGAACCUGAGACAGAGCAAGAGUCUGCUGAUAUGUCAGAGGCAAGAUCCAGAGAGGGUUAUGGCACCAAUAAAUUUACAGACCCUGACAGCCACAAGACCAUGGAAAAAGGUCUUUCAUGGAGGAGGACAGGAAGCUUCAUCAAAGACAAUACUAGGCUGAUGGGUGUUAGGGGUAGGCCAACUAAGGAUUGGGGGAGCAGAAAGCACCCCGGGUCUGUUGGGGCACAACAAGCCAGCAGAGAACACAUUGACCUGAACAGCCAGGAAGGGCUGACUGUGGGUGCUCGAAAUGUGGUAAGUUUGGGUGGCAACCAAGUGAAUGACAGUGCAAACCAAGGCACCAAAUUUCAAAGAAAGGCAGCACCAGGAAGGGUUCCCGUGUCAAAUGUUAUGUUGACCCAAGGCCAGAGCAGAGAGGUGGUGGACCUUGAUAGUUUGGAAGAGAACAAUGGCAGACAUGCUCUAACGGACAACAGAGGACACGCAGACAUUGACGAAACUAGAGAACUGUUCAGCUCUGAAACGUAUCCAGCUGCACCUCCAGGGCACAUGCCCAGUGGCUCGACUGUUCCAGUAAAAAGCAGAACGUCCUGAUCACUCCAGCAUUUGUUUCCUCUGUGCUUGAAUCAGGUGAAGCUUUCUGCUUCAAAAUGCCUUCACUACAGACUUGCUGUUUUUUUUUUAACCACGUAAUGCACAUUUAGAUUAAUAACAUUCCAUCCUCAUCAAAUUGUAUGAUCCCUAGACCUUGUUUUGUCAUUGUAUGAAUGUAAUGUUGAAUCAUGUUUUGCUCCCUUUUUUUUGAUGAUUCCUUUUCUUCCUCAUUCUGAGUCAGGCGCCAACAUCUGUUGAAUCAUAGGAGGCAUGGAUGCUGCUUCCAAAAACAGUUCCUUUAGGGAUUUUUUAAUCCACAUUUAGAUUUUUACAUGUGUUUUUUGUUUUGUGAUCAUGUAGAACAAUGUACAGCAGUCAUUAUCAUUCUGUUUUUCUCUUUUUACAAACACUAUUAAAGAGUGAGCGUCUGCGUUGUGAUUUGUGGUGGGAUUUUGUGACUUUUUUUUCUUACAGCUAAACUCCCUGCAUUGUUUAAAUGUU